AUGAAGCUUGCCUUUGCGGGUGGCUCAGACCUGUCAAACAAGAUCUUCGUGGACUGCUCAACGGUCCAUCCGGACACAAUUAAGAAAUUAUCAUCAGACUUGGCGAAGCAUGAGGCUGUCCUUCUCUCCGCUCCCGUUUUCGGUGGUCCGUCUGUCGCAGCGACUGGAGGUCUUGUGUUUGCAAUCAGCGGCCCCGAGUCCGCCUGUCUUACUGUGGAGAAGUAUAUUACCGAUGUCAUGGGAAGGAAGCUUAUCAACUGUGGGGAGAAUGCGUCGAAUGCAUCGUUGCUCAAGAUUGGCGGAAAAAACAGGUCUUGGGACCGAAGCAAUGGAGCAGUUGAUCACGGAGUCUUUUGGCCCUAUUGCAGGGGGUUACUCCAAAAGCCUGGCUAA